UUCUUCUUAAGCUCUCGUUCAGGAAUAUCGCACACUCUAUAAUUAAGGUUCAUUAAGCGUGGCGCGUCGCAUCGCGUCGCGUGUUUCAUUUAAACCUUAGAUAUCCUCGGGUUCUUACCGACUCAGCGAAAGACAGCCAAUUCUUUCCUUCAUAUAAUUCCCGGAAAAAAUGUCAUCAGAACAGCAUGAACUAUACAGUGUUGAGAUUGAAAGGGACGAGACUGAGGAUCUGCUUCGAAUGGAUCCCGCCAGAGCAAGUCUCGACGUAAAUCGGCCUGCUAAUAAAAACACCGGAAUCGGCUCGGAAACAGUGGUAGACACACAAUUGAAAGCUGGAGACACGCUUGAAGAACCCAUAGUCGUAACUUUGCUGAAUGAUCUGAAGUCAAUUGGGCGAAAACUUCUGUAUACACUCUAUCCGAAAGAUUCCGACGGACUUUACAGUUGGGACUUAUGGGGACCUUUGCUUUUUUCUCUUGGCAUUGCCAUUAUCCUUGCUAUAAGUGCUCCGGAAAACCAGUCUGAAGCCGUGUUUACAGUUGUCUUUGGUUUAAUUUGGUUUGGCCAGGCUGUGUGUUCUAUCAACUUGAAAUUACUCGGUGCUACCAUUAGCUUUUUCCAGUCUGUGUGCAUUCUUGGAUAUUCUACAUUUCCUCUAGCCAUUGCUGCAGCAGUCUGUGCUUUCGUACGCACUGAGUAUGUUCGCGUCCCAAUAAUAUUGCUUAUGUACGGCUGGACCAUGUUCGCAGCAAUGGGAGUAUUAAAACGUUCCAACAUUCCCGAGAAAAAACUACUUGCUUCAUAUCCUCUUUUUCUUUUCUACUUCUCGCUUUCAUGGAUUAUUUUUCUGUAGAUGAAUGAGCUUAAUGCAAACCAACGAUGAACA